AUGGCCGCCUUGUCUCGCCCCCGGCAGCUCCUCCGAGGCCCAAGGAGCCCGCCGCCUCCAUGCGGCUGUAUCUCCCAUCGCUCUGCUCCCGGGGGCGGCGGGGGCACUCGGGAUGAAAGGCUCGGGAAAAGCGAUGUUUCCGUGGGCGCGGGGCGAUCGGACCGCCACCAGCCGGGGUCUGCGGGAACAGGGACUCCUUCCGGGGGCUGCGGCGGCGUCCACGGCCCGGACAAGGGUGGCACUCUCUUCCUCGAAGAAGAAAAGCAGCCGUGGCUGACGGGCCCGCAGUCUCUCUCCUCCUGCAAGGCUCACCUGCCACCUCACACCACCACCACGGACACAGAGGGGCAGGUGGCCCGCCCCCUGGUGGUUCGGGGUGGCAAGGCCCAGAAAGACCGGAGUCGCGGCCGGCCCGGCAGUGACGGUGCUCGAGGGAUGCCUGGGCAGACGGGCCCCAAGGGUGACCGUGGCUUCGACGGCCUGGCGGGACUGCCGGGAGAGAAGGGACACAGGGGCGACCCUGGCCCCUCCGGCCCGCCGGGCCCUCCGGGAGACGAUGGAGAAAGGGGCGACGACGGAGAAGUGGGGCCCAGAGGGCUGCCCGGGGAACCCGGGCCGCGUGGUCUGCUGGGGCCAAAGGGACCCCCGGGCCCUCCCGGACCUCCCGGCGUGACUGGGAUGGACGGCCAGCCGGGCCCCAAAGGGAAUGUGGGCCCCCAGGGGGAGCCCGGCCCCCCAGGACAGCAGGGCAAUCCCGGUGCCCAGGGUCUUCCCGGCCCCCAGGGAGCCAUCGGUCCUCCGGGAGAGAAGGGCCCCCUGGGGAAACCAGGCCUCCCGGGAAUGCCCGGCGCUGACGGACCCCCGGGCCACCCCGGCAAAGAAGGCCCCCCCGGAGAGAAAGGAACCCAGGGUCCGCCUGGCCCCCAGGGCCCCCUCGGCUACCCUGGCCCUCGAGGAGUUAAGGGGGCGGACGGCAUCCGGGGUCUGAAGGGCACCAAGGGCGAGAAGGGGGAAGACGGCUUUCCCGGCUUUAAAGGAGACAUGGGCAUCAAGGGCGACCGGGGGGAGAUCGGCCCACCUGGCCCCCGAGGGGAAGACGGCCCCGAAGGCCCCAAGGGUCGUGGAGGUCCGAAUGGCGACCCUGGUCCUCUGGGACCCUCCGGGGAGAAGGGGAAGCUCGGAGUCCCGGGGCUGCCCGGCUACCCAGGACGACAAGGGCCAAAGGGCUCUAUUGGAUUUCCUGGAUUUCCCGGCGCCAACGGCGAGAAGGGAGGCCGGGGCACGCCGGGGAAGCCGGGACCACGGGGGCAGCGAGGCCCAACGGGCCCGAGGGGUGAGAGAGGCCCCCGGGGCAUCACCGGGAAGCCCGGCCCCAAGGGCAACUCGGGAGGGGACGGCCCGGCCGGCCCUCCGGGUGAACGGGGACCCAACGGACCCCAAGGACCCACCGGAUUUCCUGGGCCCAAGGGCCCCCCUGGCCCCCCAGGCAAGGACGGGCUCCCGGGACACCCCGGACAGAGAGGCGAGACCGUGAGUACUGGCGGUGCGGGGGGACUCGGGCUGGCCUGGGGGGGCCCUAUCUGGGGGGAGCCCUGCAGGCCCCAGUGCAGAAUACGUCUCCGUGCAGACCGCAG